AGCCAAUGUUUCUCGUACUUUCUCGAUGUUUGUGCAUAACGUGAAACGCAUGGUGUGCAGCAUUUACGAGCUGCGAAAAAAAAUUAAAAAUCAAAAACAAUGAUUAUUCCUGUGCGUUGCUUUACGUGCGGCAAAGUAAUUGGUAACAAAUGGGAGGCAUAUCUCGGACUUCUUCAGGCAGAAUACACGGAAGGAGAUGCUUUGGAUGCGCUUGGUCUCAAAAGAUAUUGUUGCCGCAGGAUGCUACUUGGACAUGUGGAUCUAAUUGAAAAGUUACUUAACUAUGCACCACUAGAGAAAUAACUUAUAUCUCUAUUUCUUGAAGAUAUUUCUUGAAGAAAUACAUCUUGAAAAUACAUCAAAUUCAUGUAAGUCUUUAAUAAGACAUUUAAAUUUAGAUUAGAAACUAAAAUAGUUUCUAAUCUCCUUCUCUCUCAAAAUCUUAUUAUAAUUAUGUAAU